AAUAGAUCGAGAGAGAUGGGUUCUUCCCUCCAUUACUGUUCCUCUGUUUUGUUGCUGAUUUGCCUUCUCCAAUUAGCCAGUUGUUGCGAUUACUUCAAAGGUAGUUGGGUAAUCGACACUUCAUAUCCUCUGUAUGAUUCAUUGAGCUGCCCAUUCAUCGACAAAGAGUUCAGUUGCCAGAAGAAUGGCCGUCCUGAUUCUCAGUACCUCCAUUACAGAUGGAAGCCCACUGGCUGUGAUUUGCCCAGGUUUGACGGCGAGGAUUUCUUGAGGAGGAAUAGAGGGAAACGGAUCAUGUUUGUGGGAGACUCACUCAGCCGGAACCAAUGGAAAUCGUUAACUUGCUUGUUACAUAGUGCAGUGCCACAUGCCAACUUCACGAUUGAGACUCAAGAGGAGGAAAACCUCUCUACUUUCACCGUUCCGGAGUAUGAAAUUACAGUGAUGCUGUCCCGAAAUGUGUAUCUAGUAGAUGUAGUUAAGGAAAAGAUCGGACGAGUCCUGAAACUAGACUCAAUAGAAGAGGGAGACAAGGCAUGGAAAGGUUUGGAUGCCUUGAUCUUCAACACAUGGCAUUGGUGGAAUCGUAGAGGACCCUCACAACCAUUUGAUUACAUUGAAGUAGGAAACAAUACUUACAAAGACAUGGAUCGUUUAACUGCUUUUGAGAUAGCCCUUAAUACUUGGGCUACUUGGGUAGACACCAACAUUGAUCCCACCAAAACUAGAGUCUUCUUUCAAGGCAUUUCUCCAUCCCAUUACAAUGGAACAGGAUGGAAUGAGCCUGAUGUGAUGAACUGUAGAGGACAGAAGUUACCCUUGAGUGGGACUACAUACCCAGGAGGGUUACCAGUGGCAUUGACAGUGCUAAAGAAGGUGUUGAGUAAAAUGUCUAAGAGUGUGUAUUUGCUUGAUGUGACUGAGCUAUCGCUGCUGAGGAAAGAUGGGCAUCCAUCUAUCUAUGGGUUUGGUGAGAUGGAUUGUAGCCAUUGGUGUCUCCCUGGUGUUCCUGAUACUUGGAACCAACUCCUUUACAAUGCCCUUCUCUGAUCUCAUACAUUAAUUGAUGACCAAUGAGAAAGGAAUAAUGUUUUAGCAUAUUCAAUUUGAUCAUCAGAUGUAGUGUUAUUCUUUGAGAAAAAUAAAGUUGUUACUCCCUUUAUCU